GAACAAUCACCCACCAGCUAUCAAACAUUCACCACGACCUCACUGCCGCCAUUCUCUGAGUUACAGUCUGCUUUACGUCGCUAUUUACGCAUUUGAACGUCGCCUUUCCCAGUUUUGACGCAUUAUGUAUCCAUCUUAGCCAGCGUACAUCGCCAUUUUCCAAAGACAAUCCUGUCGGAUCUAAUCAAGCGGUCGCGCGGGCAGAGACCACUAACAAGACAUCUAGAACACCUCGACAUCUCCGUUCACAUUUUAUAAGCCCGCCACGACUUCACGAUCGCGCGACAGUCCCUCUGCUUCACCUUCGUUUCACUCGGCAUUCACACUUGUUGCCUGGUCACAAUAACAACAACAACUAGUGCCUUGUCACCACCAACAAAUCUUCAUCACCAUGGCAGAGGAUCUGCCACCUUCUCUCACAAUAGACUCUUCAGACCGUCCACGAACACCCUCAUUACCCACCCCAGUCGGCUCCAAGACUCCCCCUACAAUAGCAAGCAAACGCUUCUUGGGCAACGACGAAGGCAUGUCGGCCAUUCCAAGAGCCACGGAAGCAAUGGAAGAAGACGCACUGAGGAGAAGAUUGCAGGAGAUUGGGAAUCCAGGCAGAACGAGAGAGCAAACUCCAGGAAGAAGUCCUAGCCGGAAGAGACAGCGAAUUUACGGAGACCGUUUCAUUCCCAACAGAGACGGACAGGAUCUACAAGCGAGCUACAGUUUGUUGCAUGAUGACGGAUCUCCAGCAACACCUUCCAGAUCGAAGAAGAAGACGCCUCAUGGAGAGCUUCACUUCCAGCGUACCGAAGAAGCUAACAAGACGUACUCCAAAGUACUGCGCAAUGAAUUGAUGGGAGACUCAGUACCACAAGACUUCCGAUCCAUGACACCAGAUGACCUCUUUGGACGGCGGCAAACUCCUCCUGGUCAACCAUCUCUAUCUUCUAUGCCUCCCGCUUCGAUAACACCCACUACCCCUCACAAAAACAUGUUCUCAUACAAGUCGCCGCAGAAGGUGAUUGGAUCUGGACAUCAUCCCACUCCAUCGUCGAGAACGGCAAAACACCCUGGAAUCAUCAACCUCAAUGCGAGAUCGGACUUGUACUCGAUAUCUCCCAUCAACUACUCAUCUCAGUCAAUUCUCCAAACCCCCCGGAAACAGCCUCGUCCCAUUGCGAAAGUGCCUUACAAAGUCCUGGACGCCCCGGAGUUGGCCGACGACUUCUAUCUCAACCUGGUAGACUGGGGAUCGGCGAACAGCCUUGCUGUAGGUUUGGGGUCGUGUGUCUACAUGUGGAACAGCACAACAGGCAAGGUUACACAGCUCUGCAAGCUACCAGACAAUGAUCUAGUUACAUCCGUGGCAUGGAUACAACGAGGAUCGCACCUAGCUAUUGGAACACACAAGGGUUUUGUGCAGAUCUACGAUGCCGAAAAGUCUAGGAGGUUGAGAACGAUGACCGGUCAUUCAGCCCGUGUUGGAGCAUUGGCUUGGAACGAUCACAUCCUCACUUCUGGAUCCAGAGAUCGGCUGAUCUACCACCGAGACGUCCGAAGCCCCGACCAGUACUUGCGGAGAUUGGCUGGUCACAAGCAAGAAGUCUGCGGUCUACGAUGGAACACUGAAGAUGGGCAGCUUGCCUCGGGUGGAAACGACAACAAGCUUUGUGUUUGGGACAAACUCUCGGAAACUCCUCUGUACCGCUUUUCGAACCACGUGGCUGCUGUCAAGGCAAUUGCUUGGAGCCCUCAUCAACAUCACCUAUUGGCAUCCGGUGGUGGAACAGCCGAUCGAUCCAUCAAGUUUUGGAAUACCGCGACUGGUUCUCUCAUCAAGGAAGUCGACACAGGAAGUCAAGUUUGUAAUCUGGCGUGGAGCAAGAACAGCGAUGAGAUUGUGAGCACUCAUGGUUACAGCCAGAAUCAGAUUGUGGUCUGGAAAUAUCCCAAGAUGGAACAGGUGGUCAGUCUCACUGGACAUACAUUCCGUGUUCUUUAUUUGAGCACAAGUCCAGACGGUACUACGGUCGUUACUGGCGCCGGAGAUGAAACACUUCGGUUCUGGCGAGUCUUUGGCAAGAAGGGCAACGAUGGUCGUGAUAGCGAUGGGAUGUCUUCGAGGUUGGGUGAUUGGGGAUCGAUCCGUUGAGCAAUUCGACAUGCGGAAUCCUGUCGGACUUUGACAACUCAACUGUCCGGAUCUGGGACGGGCUUGCAUCACAUCACCACGCUAUGUGACGAUCCUGUCACCUCGAGGUAUACCACAACAAGACAUAUCGUAUCGGACGUCAUGAUUUGACCACUUCUGUGUAUUUUGCAGACUGGCAUGAGCUGAGGCAUGGGGCUGGUGGGCAUCGGAGUUAAUGGAAAGGAUUGUGUGAUAUUGGAAUUUUCGACGAGCACCGGCACUGCAUUGGGAUGGACCGGUGAGGGCGGGCAUUGUUUGAGCGUUGGCGUCACGGUUGGUAUCAUGCAUGGGAGUCAUGAGGCAUGAACAUUAGCACAGAUCUCAAUCAGAGAUACGCAUACCAGAACACGAUGAAUCGUGCUUGCGGAAAAUUGCAUGUAACUUGAAAGAAUCAGAUGACCAUGUCCUGGCAAGGUCUCAAGCACUUUACUGCCACUG